GCGUCUUUAUUUUAACUAUGAACGCUACGUUUGAGAGGCGACUCAGACAAGUCUCCGUAAAAAGACGACUAGGGAAGACUAAUACGUCAGCAGUCAACGGUCGAAACGAUCUCAGAAACAAGCUUAAUCUUACUGUACGGACACCUGAUGCACGGACGUUGCUUCGCAACCGUACUCGUCAACGUAACUCGACAUUUCGUGACGCUAGAAAUGUUUUGAGGUCGAGGAAUGUACCUCAUCCACGUCGAAACCCUCGAGUCCCGUUCUUCAUUCCCAUAAGAACGAUUAAAAAUGAACUUUUUGGAGGUCAAAUAAACAGUCUACGAAAUGCACGAAAACCACGUCCAGCAUCUCUUCGUCCAGGUAUUCCUGAUCUGCUGAGCUUACCGUUGCCUCUUCCUAAUCCUCUUGAUUUUCUUAAUAACCCUACACCCACUACUGGGUUAUUUGCUAACUUGUUACCGUUUAAUGAAGUUCCAGUGUCUGCUUCUUCAUCAGGACCUAAGAUUAGUCCAAUACAAGGUUUCCGUGUGGAAAUUCGUAACCUUCAGCCGUCCGUCACGCUAGAUGAUGUAUUCGAGCUAUUUAGCAGCGUUGGAAGUUUACGUCUGUGUACUGUUACACGUCCUGGCCAGGCAGAAGUAAUUUAUAAUCAUUCUUCAGAUGCGCUUGAAGCUAUUGAACGUUAUAAUGGUCGUGAACUAGAUGGCCGUCCAAUGCGUGUAAGCCUUACUACACCAGUUAGUGAUUUACCCAGUGAACGUGACACUUCUGCUCGCAUGGCCUCAAGACUCGGACCAAAUUAUGGAAGGAAACAAACUGAAACGCAGGCUAAACAAGUUAUUCGUGAGUCUCUGAACAAAUCAGGCAUUCCGGUCGAAGUAGAUGCAGAUGUUGUUCGCAAAGCUUUGUUCAACGUUAGUUCAUCUGGUAGCGUUCAAUCUAGAAGACCAGUUGAUUUCAGCGUUAGUUUACGUUAAAAAGAUAUACCAGAAGUUAGGUGUUUUACAAUACGUUUUAUUAACCGCUCAUUUCUCAGUCAUUAAUGUGUGUAUAACCAAAAAGUGUAUGUUACUUUGUUGAUUUGUUCAUUUAUCAAUAUAACACUGGAUUUUCGAUUCC